CAUUAAACUAAAACACAUACUACAAGGAAAGGGAUAUCUCUUUUCACAUUCCUCUGAUUUUUUGUUCCCCUAUAUAUAUAUUCAUCAAUAACUAUCUCGAUCUUACAACCUCAAAUCUCCAAAACUACAAUCAAUCUUAUUGAAAAUGAAGCUUCUUCAUGCAUCACUGUGUUUGAUCAGUCUCCUCCUGAUCUUGCCUUCGAUCUUCGCUGCUUCUUCCUCUGAAGAUUUCGAUUUCUUCUACUUCGUCCAACAAUGGCCAGGAUCAUACUGUGACACACAGAGGAGUUGUUGCUUUCCAACUUCUGGCAAACCAGCUGCUGAUUUUGGAAUUCACGGUCUUUGGCCUAAUUACAAAGAUGGAACUUAUCCUUCCAACUGUGACAACACUAAACCAUUCGAUUCAUCUUCGAUAUCGGAUCUGAUCAGCUCAAUGCAGAAGAGCUGGCCGACACUAGCUUGCCCCAGCGGCUCAGGCGAGACGUUUUGGGAACACGAAUGGGAGAAACAUGGUACUUGCUCCGAAUCGGUUAUCGACCAAUACGAGUAUUUCCAAACCGCUCUUAACCUUAAGCAGAGAACCGAUCUUCUUGGAGCUCUAACCAAAGCCGGAAUCAAUCCGGAUGGAAAAUCUUACAGUAUAGAGAGCAUCAGGGACUCUAUCAAAGAGUCGACGGGUUUCACUCCUUGGAUUCAAUGUAACACAGAUGAGUCUGGCAAUAGCCAAUUGUACCAAGUCUACCUCUGUGUUGCCCGGUCUGGUACCGGUUUUAUCGAAUGCCCGGUUUUCCCUCGUGGAAAAUGUGGAGAAGAGAUUAACUUCCCUUCUUUCUAAUAAUCUGUUUUCUAAUUUCUUAAUCUAUUGAAUCACAUCGAGAAUGUUUCGUUAUUAUAAUUGAUGAUGUAAUAAAAAUUUAUUAAAAUCGAGAAUGUUCUCUGUUUAUUGAUUAA